AUGAAAACAUCAACAUACGUAAAGCCGACGAAAUACCUCUUCCAAACAACUAAUACCUCUUCCAAACCACUCCACGCGAUCAUCAUCCUUCGGUUGAUCAACACGUCUUCUAGGGUUUUGAUUUCGCAUGCUCAAAUUAAUAUGGAAAUCAACAGUGUGGAUUCCAGAGCUGAAGCUGGACAAGGAAGAAUAGUCGAUACAUUAAAUUCUAGGGUUCCAACUUUCUCAAUCAGCGAUGGAACAACUUCCGCAGUUUCAGAUUCCCAACAGGACAUUGGAGCACUUAAGAACUGUGAAACUCCUACUUCCGCAAGUGAGCAAACGAUUAAUGACAAACAUUCUGACAAUGGCGAUAACUUGAUAACAAAUCUGUUAUGCCAACACGUGGCUGAUACUGAAGGAUCACCAGAUGAUGAUGAGCCAAGUAAGAAUCGGAAGAUGUUAGGAAAAUACUUCUUUUAUGAUCCACCACUUGCUGAAGAAACCGGGGUCUGGAUUCCAGUUUCCGUUCCUCCCAUGUCAGAAAGUGAUUUUGAAGAAUGGAAUCGCGGAUUCUCCUCAGUCGGUGGAAUCUUCCCUGAUGAAAACAUGGAUUGGUUCCAUUUUCUUGAAAAAGACAAACAACUCACCAUGUGGGAUGUAGUAGUCGAAAUGCUACUAGCAGUUCGUGGAAAAGUCAACCUUUUGUCAUCAGGUGACACCGUUUCAUGGAUUUCAAGAAACCUAAUUGACCAAGCCUGGAAAGAAAUGGCUCAAACCCUAACCGAGGCUAAUUUCGGUAAUCUCCAAGAAAUUCUCGAAACCCAACCACCCAAAUGGCUGCCGGAUAGUUCUGCUGCUGCUUGUAUGCUGUGUAGUGUCAGGUUUCACCCCAUUAUGUGCACCAGACAUCACUGUAGAUUUUGUGGUGGGAUUUUCUGUGGUGAGUGUAGUAAAGGGAGAAGCUUGCUGCCCGUGAAAUUUCGGGCAGCAGAUAUGGAACGAGUGUGUGAUGUGUGUUUUGUGAGGCUGGAGGCUGUCCAGCCAUACUUAAUGGAUCAAGUGAGCCGGGCAGCUCAGUUACCAACUUAUGAUGUCACGGAUCUGAGCACAUUAAGAUCUUGGCUGAAUUUUCCAUGGGGGCAGUCGAUGGAGUAUGAGAUAUAUAAAGCCACAAACACAAUUCAAGGUUAUAGCAAGGUUGGUUAUUUGAGACCUGAAAAGUCAAUUCCUGAUGUGGUGUUAAGGCAUGCGAAGGGGCUUGCUAUACUUACUAUAGUGAAAGUUGGUAUGAUGGUGACUUACAAUAUUGGAACUGGAUUGGUUAUUGCACGUAGGGAAGAUGGCUCAUGGUCUCCACCUUCUGCUAUAUCUACUAUUGGUGUCGGAUGGGGUGCUCAGGGUGGAGGUGAAUUUGUAGAUUUAAUAAUUGUUUUAAGAUCAGAAGAAGCUGUGAAGACAUUCAGCGGUGAUGUUCAUGUCUCAUUUGGAGCCGGUUUAAGUGCAGCAGUUGGUAUUACUGGACGAACAGCUGAAGCUAAUGUACGCGUUGGAACCUGUGGAUAUGCUGCAUGUUAUACUUACAGCUGUACAAAAGGGGCAUUUGUGGGAUGUUCACUGGAAGGAAGCAUUGUGACAACACGUACUCAUGAAAAUUCACGAUUCUAUGGAAAACAGUUGAUAACUUCACAAGAAAUUCUGCUUGGUUCAUUGCCUAAGCCUCCAGCUGCUGCCACUCUUUAUCAUGCCCUGGCAGAAAUUUACCAGAAAUUUGGUCAUUGAUUUAAUGGUUUCUUUCUAGCAUCAUUAGAAUUCAACUCUGUGCAUAUAAUUCAUUAACCUCUUUAUAAUAAAAAAAGAAACAAGGGGUCCAUCUGAAAUAUCAAGUAAAUAGAUAAUUGUCUAUCAGUGAC